AGCGAGUGCUACACAAUCCGCGGUGGGUAAUAAUACUUACCGAUUUAUCAGUGAAUUUUCGAUCGAGCGUCGGUAGAUCAUUUACACCUGCUCCUGCUAGGCGAGUCAGGCAUGUGGGAAAACCUGGAAAAUCGAGAUAUAGCUGAAAGUAAACGACAAACGAACGGAAACGUCCUUAAGAAACCGAAGAAGGAUUACCUUAAUUAUGGCGAAGAGGAUCAAAUGGAAAUACAAGGAUUCAUCGACAGUCACAUGAAAAGAAACGUGGUGAUAUUUUUUUAUGUAUUAACUUUAGGAAUAUUGAGGCUGUUUUUUCAUUGGUAUCCCCAUUUACAUUUAAAAGCCACACACACCAGAUGUAGCCUUAAGAAAGCCAACAAAGUAUUAGUUAUUGAUAAUUACAGGAAAUAUAAGUCGUAUUUUGUAAAGGAUAUCAAAACAUUAGAUAGUUGUAGUAUUACCAACCAGGAAGAGAACAUUUUAGAAUGCAAUCUUGCCGAUGGUAGGCAAAAAAAGCUUUAUCAAGCACGAAUAAUUAAAUGCAAGAAAUUACUGUACGUUUGGGACGAUGACACGGAAACCUUCGAGAAACUAAUGGGAUUCGAUAAAGGCGUGACCAGACGGCAAUUGCACGCCUGCAAGGGCCAGAGCAAAGAGAAGCAACAAGUCAAGCGAGUCAUAUACGGCAACAACGAAAUCUCGGUGCCGGUGCAAACGAUACUGACCCUCUUGGUGCUGGAGGCUCUAACCCCUUUCUACAUGUUCCAAUUGUUCAGUUUGAUCGUAUGGCUGGCGGAAAAUUACUAUUAUUAUGGCGUUGCCAUUGUGAUUAUGUCGGUGGUUGGUAUUGGUACCUCGAUUGUGCAGACGAGAAAGAACCAGAAGAAUUUGAGAGGAACCGUGAAUUUCGUAGAUACGGCUAUAGUGUGUAGAGGCGGGGAAGUCUACGAAACGGUUCCUACGGUGGAACUAGUCCCAGGUGACUUAAUAGUCAUACCGAAAGAAGGCUGUGAAAUGCAAUGUGACGCCGUUUUGAUAACGGGAACAUGCGUGGUGAACGAGAGCAUGUUAACAGGUGAAUCGGUGCCUAUAAUGAAAACGCCUAUGCCUGAAGAUUCUCUGAUGAUCAAUUUGAAGGAUAAUAUGAGCCACACCGUAUUUUGCGGGACCAAAAUUCUCCAAGCCAAAAAUAAAAAUGAUGACAAAGUAUUGGCCGUCGUGAUAAGAACAGGAUAUUUAACGACGAAAGGAGAACUCAUCCGAAGCAUUUUGUACCCACCUCCGGCGGAUUUCAAAUUCGAAACGGACAGUUACAAGUUCAUUGGAAUCCUGUUCAUCAUCGCCAUCAUAGGAGUAAUAUACACUGUGGUAUCCAAAACCGCAAGAAAAAUCCACGGCUUGGAUAUACUAAUCAAAGCGCUGGACAUUUUCACCAUAGCCGUUCCUCCUGCUCUCCCAGCCACCAUGACCAUAGGAAAGCUCUACGCGCUGAAUCGAUUGAAAAACAAGAAGAUUUUCUGCAUAAACUCCAGAGUAAUCAACGUAUCCGGCUCGACGGAUUGCAUUUGCUUCGAUAAGACUGGAACUCUAACCGAGGACGAACUGGACAUGUGGGGAAUAGUGCCUGUGGACAACAAGGAGGUAAAGUCGCCGCUUAAGCAAGUCACAGCCCUUCCUUACACCUCGGAAAUACUAAGAGGCAUGGCAACGUGUCAUUCCCUUUCGCUUAUCAACGGGGAAUUGGGCGGAGAUCCGCUGGAUAUCAAGAUGUUCGAAUCGACAGGUUGGAAACUCCACGAUUCCACAGAUCCUUCGAAACCCUACCAAAUCGCCGUUAACCCCGCACCAAAUGGCACAGAAAUGAACGAUCCAGAAAUCGGCAUAAUCAAGCAAUACCAAUUCUCCUCCAACCUCCAACGCAUGAGCGUGAUCGUCCAAUCAUCCGACUCGCAGGAUUUCACGGCGUUCUGCAAGGGCUCCCCGGAGAUGAUAAUGGCGCUGUCCAAGCCCUCCUGCCUGCCUCCCGACCUAGUGGACAAGGUUUUUGAGUACACGGUGCAAGGAUACAGGGUCAUAGCCAUCGGUAAGCGGUGCUUGCCGGGAGUCACGCUCGAACGGACCAGCAAAAUGACCAGGGAAGAGGUGGAAUGCGACUUGGAGUUCUGCGGAUUGAUCGUGCUGGAGAAUAAAUUGAAGCCGCAAACCGCCGGGAUUAUAAAUGUGUUGAAGAAGGCUAGUUUUAAAGUUGUCAUGAUUACCGGUGAUAAUCUACAAACCGGUGUGCACGUAGCAAGAGAAUGCGGAAUGAUAAACCCUACGCAAAACAUAAUAGAAGUAAUCGCAGAUGAGCCUUCGCAAUAUCAGGCACCGGCCAUUAGCUACAAAAUCAUCGGAUCAGCAGUCGUACUGGUGAAAUACGAGAGUUUAAUGGACGUGGAAAAAUCGCCGCUGCGAAAUUUCUGCUUCGCCGUAACCGGAAAAUCGUGGGGAAACAUUGUCAAAUACUUUCCCGAAUUAAUACCGAAGAUAGUCGUUAAAGGCGCUGUGUUCGCUCGCAUGUCGGGCAUGCAGAAGCAGCAGUUGAUCGAAGAAUUGAAGAAUUUGGAAUACUACGUCGCAAUGUGCGGUGACGGAGCAAACGAUUGCGGGGCUUUGAAAGCAGCCCACGUGGGCAUAUCCCUAUCCGAAGCCGAAUCCAGCGUGGCGUCGCCUUUCACGUCAAAAAUCCAAAACAUCUCGUGCGUGCCCAAGGUGGUGAAAGAAGGCCGGGCGGCGCUGAUCACCUCCUUCGGCAUCUUCAAGCUGAUGCUGUGCUACAGCCUGGUGGAGCUCAGCUCCGUCAUCAUCCUGUACGGCAUCGACGCCAACCUGACGUCCAUCCAGUACCUCUUCAUCGACAUCUUCUUGAUAUUGAACUUCGCCUCGUUCUUCGGCAUGACCAAGGCGCACGACGCGCUGGACAGGACGCCGCCGAGGAGCUCGCUGAUGGGGUUCGUGCCCAUCGCGUCGAUGAGCUCCUUUCUGACGCUGAGCGUCGGCUUCCAGCUGGCCGGGUACUACUGGAUCCAGACCUACAGCUGGUUCACGCCGUACGUUUACCCGGGAAGAGACGAGUUCGCUUCCUACGAGAAUUUUUCGCUGUUCGUGGUGUCGAUGUUCCAGUAUAUUAUUAUGUGCGUGGUGUUUUCGAAGGGGAGGCCUUAUAGGAAGCCUUUGUACACGAACAUUCCUUUUACUAUAUCUCUAUUGGUGACUACACUGAUAUGUGUUUGGAUGACUGCGGGUCCUCCCCAGUGGAUGGUGGAUUUCAUGGAGCUGAAAACUACUCCUAUGGAGGCCGUUUACGCUUUGCUGGGGAUAGCGUUGGUUAACUUCCUGUGUUGCUUGUUCUUCGAGAAUAUUGUGGUGGAGUAUUUCCUGGGGAGGAUCUUGGCUCCGAGAUUGAGCGGCGUGGAGAAGCCGCCCAAAUACACGCAAAUAGCGAGCGAGCUGAGCAAGCAGAUGGAAUGGCCGGUUGUCACCGAGAAACAGACCAUAUUGAAUACGUUCAAAGAUUUAAAUGGCGUUUAUAACGAGAGUUUCGAAGAUGAAACUAACCGGGUGAUCAUCACGAAAUGCUGAGUGUGUUUACAAGUGUUUACAAGUUUGAAACUGUCCGUCUGGUGAUUUUUGUAUUGUUUCACUGUAAAUUUUAUGUAUAUUUUAUGAUAAUAAAUACCUCAAAAGAGC